GUCGAUAAAAGCAGAGAGAGAGAGAGACAGAGAGGGCGAGGGGGUUCGUUUCUUUCGUUUCGCAAGAGCGAUUCUUCGGAAGAAUUUAAGGGAUCGACGAAGAGAGAUUUGGAUGCGAAUUGCGAUUGAAAUCUGGAGCUGGGCAUCUCGAGAGUCUCCGAUCUCGUUUCCGCUCUAAUUCGAACGGGAAUUUUGGCGCUUUCCCGGUGAUCCGAUGGCAAAUUGAGAUCUUCACGAGGAGAUAGUCCCACUUGCUGUUUCGGAAGUUGGUGAGUUUCAUCCUGUCCUUUGUGUUUGGGAUAUGGUGUUGCAGAAGAGGUUGGAUUAUGCAUGCGGUGGCUACCGGGCCCCUGCGAUGCCGCAUUUACCGAGAUCAGCUAGGGGAAAGCGAUCCGCAAGAAAGAAGGUCGAGGAUAACCAGACGUAUGCAUUCGACUUGCUUGCCACCAUUGCAGGCAAAUUGUUGUCAGAAAUUAAAAGCUCUCCGUCUCCUUGUAACAGUACUGGAACGUCUAACGCUGCUGCAGGAAGGGAUGCUGCUAAACAAGAGCAAAUAGAUGAAGAGAAGUCACUGAAAUGUGAAGGUUUUGAUUGGCUAAGCUGUAAUGAGGCUGUGUUCAGUCCUGAAAAUGCCCUUGAAAAACAUAUCACAUAUAAGUUGAAGGAGAACUCAAAUGUCCCGAAAGAUUCAUCAUCGGGACCUGCUUCUCCUUUCAUAAAAUCUGAUUUAUCAGAUGAGGAUGCUAUUGGAGGUGAUGGUAGUAGAAUUGAACAUGGUGUUGGUGCUGCUGCUGAAAAAUGUAUCAAGGGUAGUCUUUCUUCUAGUUCUGUGGAAUCAUAUGACCGUAAAGAAGAUGGGGGCAAGAAAUUACUAGUAGCUGAGCAACAGGUGGCUGGAAAUUUCAUGGACAGGAAUGCUCCAUAUAAGUAUAGUUUGGAUGAUCCGUUGGUUAUGGAUGUCAAACCUUCUUUGGUUAGCUCUGACAGCAGUGUUGAAGCUCCCCUGUACAGGAACAAUAUUUCUCGUAAUUAUUCCUUUCCGAAGCAGGAAGAUGGUAUGGAUCUUGCUGCAGAUAAAGAUGAUGACGAAAAUUCUUCUGGAUGCACUCACCCUACUCCCGUUGCUAAUAAAACCUCUAGGAUGCCGCGUAUAGGUGAUCGUAGGAUAAGGAAGCUUAUGUCAUCUAAACUCCGGAAAGUAGCUCCAACAGUGUUGCAGGAUGCUGGGACAUCUAACUACGAUGUAGAACAGAAGCCGGCUUUAAGAGGCAAAAGAAUGUGUUAUACUCGCCAAAGAACUCAGAGGAGCUCCUUCAAGAGAAGGAAGUUGUUUGAUCAUUGCCCGGUAUCACCUUAUGAUGGAGGGAUAUAUGGUGAAGGCCUGUCAAAAAUGUCUGAAAGUAGCAGGAUCAAGUUAGAAACAGACGAUUCACAUGCCACUUUGUGUGGAGCAAAUGGUGCAUCGUCAUUCACGACAGGACAAAAUUGUUGCUAUGAAUCGCCAGACUACCAUGUGAAACUCAGCAUCAAGUCUUUUAAGGUGCCUGAACUUGUUAUUGAGAUUCCUGAAACUGCUACGGUUGGUUCCCUGAAGAGGACAGUAUUGGAAGCUGUUACUGCUAUCCUUGGAGGUCGACCCCGUGUUGGUGUUCUUCAAGAAGGAAAGAAGGUUAGAGAUGACAACAAGACCCUGCGCCAGGCUGGGAUUACCUAUGGUGAUAAACUGGAUAAUCUAAGUUUUACAAUGGAGCCAAAUCCCGAAGAAGCUCUCGUUCCACCACCUAGUUCCGAAGAUCCUGAUUUCCUUGGUCUUGCUUGUGCGCCUGAACCACUUGCUAGGAUGCCGCCAAUUGCCCCUGCUGCUGCUGCUGCUGUAGAUCAGAGGGGACCUGACUCCGCGGAAUCUGUACAGACCUGCCCCGAGAUGGAUCACGAUUCAUUUCACUCUCCGAUUGAUCCAUCAUCGCCGGAGAAAACAACAGCAAGUGCACUAGCUCUGGUUGCUGUACCACCCAUGGAUGUCGAGGCACUGGCCAUGGUUCCACUCGGCAACAAGCCCAAGCGGUCUGAAACUCCUCAGCGCCGGGUUCGGAGGCCCUUCUCCGUCGCCGAAGUAGAAGCCCUUGUUCUGGCCGUCGAAAACCUCGGCACCGGAAGGUGGCGGGACGUCAAACUCCGGGCCUUCGAGAACGCAAAGCACCGGACUUACGUCGAUCUUAAGGACAAGUGGAAGACGCUGGUGCACACGGCAAGGAUCUCCCCGCAGCAGAGGAGGGGAGAACCGGUCCCUCAAGAGCUCUUGGACCGGGUCCUCUCCGCCCACUCCUCCUGGUCACAGAAGCAAGCCAAGCUCCUGCUGAAGCCACCUGCUCCUCUCUGUUAACAAGCCAAUGACCGACCCAUGUAAAGAUAGAUCCAUCCCCCCACAAACACUAAAAGACACGCCCAAAGUGAAAAAAGGUAGCUGACGAAAACUGUGUAUUAUUUAUUCGCUCACACCAUUAUUCUUUGGAGCCAGCAGGGAGUUCUUCUCCUUGAGAAUUGACGAGGACGAGAGCUUUCUGUGGCCAUUUGUACAUGACGAUCGAUGUUUCCUCCGAAACAACCGGGAUUGGGUGGGAAAAGAAAGCAGAUUCGUAUGUGAUCGCAACCGGUGACAUCUCUCACACGUUUAACUCGAUUCUUUUGGUGGAGUUAUGGGAAACAGAUGCCAACAAUACAUAGCUGUCUAAGUUAGAUGUCUUUAUGCUACUACAUUUCUUUUCCUUUUUUUUUUAUGCUGUAUUGGUUACUCUGAAACAUUUAUUUCAUGUAACAUAUGAUCCCAUUUGAUCCUGCAAAUAUGUAAGUGAACCAUUCACUUUCUA